AAUAGCGCUCGUUUGUCACGUGUGUGUUGAGGACUUUCUCCGAAAUUCGCUGUCUCUUAAUUGUUUUUUGAUAUUUGCAUGAGUCAUCGGUUUGAACUGAGAGAAGAUGGGAAAAUCUAAACGCAAAGAUAAAAAAGGUAAAGGAGCGGAAAAGACAGCUGCAAAAACUGAAAAGAAGGCCGAAAAAAGAAACAAAAAAAAUUUAAAAGAACAAGGCGAGGAAGACAUUGAAUUGAUUAUAGCGGAAUUAGCAGAAGCUGAUAGAAAGCGAGAACAAGUUAUAACUGAGAAAUGUGAACCUCCAAGCCCAAGAGCUCAUUGUUCUUGGACAUCGUUUGAAGAAAAACACUUGAUUCUUUUGUUUGGAGGAGAACAUCUGACUGGAUCGAAAAUUAAUGUUUACAACGAACUGUAUUUUUAUUGCUCAAAAAAUAAUACAUGGACAAAAGUUAAAGCUCCUAACGCUCCACCUCCACGAAGUUCACACCAAGCUAUCUGUCUGAAAAGAGGAGGAGGUGAACUAUGGAUUUUUGGAGGUGAAUUUACAAGUCCUACUCAAUCUCAAUUUUACCACUAUCGGGACUUAUGGAUGUUUCAAAUAAAAGAAAGAAAGUGGCAAAAAAUAGAUGCGCCUAAGGCGCCAUCAUCCAGAAGUGGUCAUAGAAUGAUUUUAUGCAAACGUAAUAUUUUUGUUUUCGGUGGAUUUCAUGAUAACGGCCGUGACUAUAAAUAUUUCAACGAUCUGCAUAUGUUCAACGUCGAUAACUACACUUGGACCAAGAUAGACACAUGUGGCAUACCCCCGUCCCCACGAUCAGGAUGCCAACUAGUUCUUCAUCCAAAUCAACAAUCUAUCAUUGUCUAUGGUGGAUAUAGCAAAGUAAAUGUGAAAAAAGACAUAGAUAGAGGCACAAUUCUAUCAGAUAUGUUUUUGCUCUCAUCUCAAAAUAACGAAACUGGAGCCGAUGUGAAAUGGAAAUGGUCCCAAAUAAAGCAUUCAGGAAGUAAACCAAAUCCUCGAUCUGGUUUUUCAAUGAUUUCAACUGCUCAGAAUCGAGCUUUUCUCUUUGGUGGAGUUAUUGAUGAGGAGGACGAUGAGGACGUAGAAGGACUAUUUUUAAACGAUAUGUAUUCUCUAGAUUUAGAUAGAACGAAAUGGUACCAAGUUUUCCUACAAGAAAAAGUAGAAGAAAAGAAGGUUUCUGAAAAAGCUGACGACUUAAUGGAGUCCUCUGAAGCACCAGAAACUACAGUUGUAGAAGAUGGAGUGUUUACUCUCACUAUAGAAAAGAGCGACGCAAUGGAGAUCGAUGAUAGUAUUCCUACAGAUAUUACAGAGAAGUUUCAGCCUCAUCCCCGUAUGAACACCUCACUAGCCGUUCAUGGAAAUAUCUUAUACUUAUACGGUGGAAUUUAUGAGAAAGGCGACGUGCAAGUUACUUGCAAUGAUCUGUAUUCUAUUAAUACCCAAAAGUUUGAUAGCUGGAGAGUUCUUGUUGCUCCAACACAAGAGGCUGAGCAAUGGGAUGAUUCUGACGAGGAUAAGGAUGAAGACAGUGAAGAAAAUGAAUCAGAUGAAGAUGAAGAGAUGGAAGACUCACCCCCGCCACUAAAAAAUGACGAGGAGUUAUCUGAGUACUUUGGGAGAACAAAAGACUAUUGGAUGCAGAUAGCUGAUGAGGAGGCCGAAGAGAAGAAUGUGAAAUUGUCAGCCAAACAGUUAAAAUCAAAUGCCUUAGAAUUAGCUCGUUUGUUUGUUAAACGAUAA